AUGGGUCGCGGAGGAAAAGGAAGAAAGGGAGGCCGGGGUGGAGGUCGUUCCCGCGGUACUGGCUCAUAUGCCGACAUUCCUCAGGAGAACCAGAAGUUGGAAACGUAUUACAAGGAUCAGAAGAUUAUCCCGGAGGAGGAGUGGGAGACGUUCAUGGGUACGAUUAAGAGGACGCUUCCUACGACUUUCCGUAUCACUGGUUCCCGCUCGCAUGCGAUCGAUAUCCGUAAUGCGUUGGAGAGAGACUACAUUCCGUUCUUGACAAACAUCGAGCACGAGGGACAACUCGUUGAGGCUCCUACGCCUUUGCCCUGGUACCCCGAACACCUCGCCUGGAACCUCUCUGUCCCCAAACAAGUCAUCCGCAAGCACAAGGACUUCAAGCGUUUCCAAAACUUCCUCGUCUACGAAACCGAGGUCGGAAACAUCUCCCGCCAGGAAGCCGUCUCCAUGAUUCCCCCGCUUUUACUCGACGUUAAGCCCGAGCACAUCGUCAUCGACAUGUGUGCCGCUCCUGGAUCGAAGACGGGUCAGAUUAUCGAGGCGUUGCACGCUACGCCGGAGGAUGCGAAUGACGAGCCUGCGCCUAGGGGAUUGUGCAUCGCGAACGAUGCGGAUUACAAGAGAAGUCACAUGCUGGUGCACCAGGUCAAGAGGUUGAACUCGCCUUGUAUGAUGGUUACGAACCAGGACGCUACGCUCUACCCCAACGUUCUCGUUCACCCCUGGGUCGCCGAUCCUUCUGUCGUCUCCGGACCCAUGGACGCGAACGAGAAAUCCGCGAUCUUGAAGUUCGACCGUGUCCUCGCUGAUGUCCCAUGUUCCGGUGACGGAACCAUCCGCAAGAACCCCACCGUCUGGUCAUCCUGGACUCCCGGAAACGCACUCGGCUUGCACCCCACCCAGGUCAAGAUCUUGUUGCGUUCUUUGCAGAUGCUCAAGGUUGGUGGACGUAUGGUGUACUCUACCUGCUCGCUUAACCCCAUCGAGAACGAGGCAGUUGUUGCUGAGGCUUUGAGGCAGUAUGGUGCUUCGGUCAAGUUGGUUGAUGUCUCUGAGCGUCUUCCGGAGUUGAAGCGUCGUAAUGGAAUUAACGACUGGGUCGUCCCUGAUGGCAAUGACGGAUACUUUGCGUCCCGUGAGGAGGUGUCUAAAGAUAAGCACAAGCGCUACCCUCAGUCUCUCUGGCCUCCGUCUGAGGAUGAGGUCAAGGAGUUCAAUUUGGACAGGUGUAUCAGGAUCUACCCCCACUUGCAGGAUACCGGAGGUUUCUUCGUCGCUGUGUUGGAGAAGCACGCCAAGUUGGCCAACCACAGGGAGGGAAAGACUGGAUCUACCAAGUGGAUGGAGGAGAAGGGUAUCACUGCUCAGGAGGCUGCGGCUCAGGGUACGAAGAGGGCUGCCGAGGCUGUCGACGAGGAGGCGCCCGAGGCUAAGAAGGCUAAGGUUGAUGAGGCUGCUGUUGAGGAGGAGACGCCUGCUGAGGCUGUUAUGGCUGAUGCUACUGCUAUUCCCAAGGCCGUUCCCGAAGUCGGCGAGGACUCUUCCCGCGGUGAGUUCCGUGCCAGCAAGAAGGACGACGACAAGAAGAUCUUUGAGGAGCCAUUCAAGUUCUUGCCGGCCGAUCACCCCGAGAUCGAGGUUUGCAAGAAGUUCUACAACCUCUCUGAGAAGUUCCCUACGGAUGCUUUCAUGGUCCGUAAUGCCGCUGGUAUUCCCACGCGUGGUAUCUACUUCACCUCUGCCCGCGCAAAGAGCAUUUUGUUGCUCAACGCACAGGAACCCCCUCGUAUGAGAUUCGUGCACGCCGGUAUCAAGAUGUUCACAAAACAAGACUCUGGCGCCGCCGCCGACGAAAUCGAAUGCAAAUGGCGCGUCCAAUCCGAAGGGUGUCGCGUCGUCGCCCCCUUCAUCGGCGAAGACCGCGUCGUCACAGCACCCAUGGCAGCCUUCGAAAUCCUCCUUAAAGAAGCCUACCCAAAACUCUCCCAGAUCGGCCCCAUCCUCCGCGCCCAACUCGAACAAAAAACGUUUGGCUGCGUGGUGCUCAAGGUCGAUCCACGCGAGAACCCGGCGUUAAAUAUGAGUAUCCCGAUUGUGUGUCCGUUGUGGAAGAGUAAGGCGAGUACGAAUUUGAUGGUGAGUAAGCAGGAUAAGAGUGCGAUGUUGUUGAGAAUGUAUGGAGCCGAUGCGCCGAUGCCGGCGAAUCCGAGUGGGAGGAAAGAAAAGGAGGAGAAGGGCGAUGAGGUUGAUAAGCAGAUUGAGGAGGAGGUUGAUGGGGAGAUUGAGGCUGCGCUGGCGGCAGCUGAGAAGGAGGCGGAGAGUGGAUGA